GUACUCCAGCAGCGUGCCCUCGCUUUCCGCUGAGUUUAAAUUAUUAAAGAAUAUUCAUAAAAAUAAAAAGAAUCACUCUAGGUUCUAAAAUAGCCUUGCUAAUGUUGCAUUAGUGUGGUUUGUGUGAGUAAAGGAAGGGUUUUAAGGCCUCCUGCUCGGACCCAUGGCCCACACCCCCUCCUCACAGCAGGAUGGGCAGACGUCGGACUCCGGACCUCCCGAGCCACCACUGCAGGAUCUCAUUCUGGCUCCUCACGUGCCGCUGGAGAGUGCUCAGUUAGCCGGCAGGAUGAAAUGCCCCAGCUGCAGCGGCUCCAGGAUGUUCUACUGCUAUACCUGCUGCUGUCUGGUGGGAGUGAAUCCAGAACACAUCCCCACCGUGAAGCUGCCUGUGAAGAUUGACAUCAUUAAGCACCCGAACGAGACGGACGGAAAGAGCACUGCGGUUCACGCCAAACUCAUCGCGCCGGACGACGUCUCCAUAUACACCUACCCCUGCAUCCCAGAGCUCGACGGACAGACGCAGAACGUGGUGCUGGUGUUUCCAGGCCCGGAUGCGAUGACGGUGGAGGAACUGCAGACCUAUUUCUGCAAAACUGAAGGGAAAAGAGGAGCAGAGAGUCCAGCGGAGGAGAGACGUGUAAAGAAACUCAAAGUGGAGGAACAGAGAGAGAGCUCACACACCUGCACUCCAGAGCACACAGACGACUCACAGAAACACACCUGUCCAGUCCAGAGGGUCAUCUUUAUCGACAGCACCUGGAACCAGACCACCAGGAUCAUCACGGAUGAACGUUUACAGGCUUUACCACAGGUGGAGUUAAAAUCGAGGAAAACGUGUUUUUGGCGCCACCAGAGAGGCUCUCCGGACACGUAUCUGGCCACCAUCGAGGCCAUCUAUUACUUCCUGAAGGACUUCCACAUCCACUGUUUGCUGAGAGAGUAUAGAGGGGAGUAUGAUAAUCUUCUCUUCUUCUAUUCUUUCCUGCACAAGCUGAUCAGCAAGGCCAAGCGGGACGCUGGCAAGUCAUGAAGAGGACAGAGUGAUCACUGAAUCUAUUACCCGCCUUCAGAGCACAGGACCUGCACUGGAAUUAUUAAGAUUGAGCAGGAGUUUCUCUCUCUGUGGCUGCGACUGCUACACCUGCUCUCUGAAUGCUGUGCAUUUGUUGCUGUGCAACAGAGAACUUCUUUAACAGGAGACACAACCUGCAUCCAGCAUGCUGUACUUUCCAGACUCAAAUACAAACACAGCAGUAAUAUUUAAAGAUUUUUUUUAUUUACAAAGCAUUGCAUGCAAUUAAAACAGUAUCAAUGCUGCUGUCAGAUCAUUGUUGAGACUGAUUGAUCGGGAAGUGAUUCGUUUCAUUUUUAAGGCACUUUUAUUGUGAAUAAAACAACAUGAUUAUUUUCCAAAUAAAUACAUUUCCUCUUAAUUCUGUAGCUCUUAAUUCUGAAA